AUGUAUGAAGAAAUCCUGACAAUUUACAACUACAACCGCAGAGUGGAUUUUGCGUUGAGUGAUCGCUCUUUGAUGAACUACAAACCCCAAAAUCGGAAUCGAUCCGGAAUACAUUGGACAACUCAGUCAUCAAAGCGCCAGAUACUUCACAUCGUCCCACAGCCCAGAGAGGCCAGACUACCGCAAGGGGUUGAGAGCGACCCUCGAUCGAUCGUUCUCUACGGCCUCAGUGCCGGUGGUAUGUUAACGUACCACACGGCCGCACUGAACGAGAAAGUCAAGGGCAUUGUGGGCAUGACAUUCUUGGACCAACGCAUCCAACAAGUUCGCGAUGAGACAGCGAGGAAUCCUUUCAUGAGCAGGGUUGGAGUCCUUAUGGCCGGACUUAGUGAUAUCCCGCUGUUGAGAUCAUUUUCCCUUCCGAUGUCGCUCGCGAGCAAGAUGUCCACCUUGGUCAACCACCCGGCUGCGUUGAAGGUCUUCAUGGCAGAUCGGUCUUCUGCGGCUUCUUGGGCUCCGAUGCACUUCUUGUCAUCGUACUCGUCAAAUAGCCAGCCCCUGAGCCUGAGAACUUUGAUGUCUGUCCUAUUCUCCUGA